AUGGGGCUUAACGACCAGGAGAUAGUGGCGCUGUCAGGAGCGCACACGCUGGGGAGAGCCCACGCAGAUCGCAGCGGCUGGGGCAAGGAAUCCACCAAAUACACGAAAGAUGGCCCGGGUCGCCCUGGAGGCUGCUCAUGGACCGUGCAGUGGCUCAAGUUUGACAACUCGUACUUCAAGGACGUGAAGGCCAAGCAGGACGAGGAUCUGCUGGUGCUGCCAACGGAUGCUGUUCUCUUCGAGGACCCGGGCUUUAAGGUCUACGCAGAGAAGUAUGCAGCAGACCAGGCGGCGUUUUUCAAGGACUAUGCCGCGGCGCACAAGGCACUGAGCGAGCUGGGAGCCAAGUUCGAUCCUCCCCAGGGCGUUACCCUGGAUUCGGAGGGCCCUCGCCCCGUGAAGUUUGUGGCGUCUGAAUACUCGUCCGGGAAUACCCAGACGGAGAUGUCGAGUGCCAUGAAGAAGAAGCUACGAGACGAAUACAUCGGGCUGGGCGGCAGUCCCGACCGCCCGCUGCAGACCAACUACUUCCUGUAUAUCAUGAUUGGAGUGGCGGUGCUUGCCAUCCUUACCAAGCUCACAGGAGCUAUUUGA